CUCAUCGAUAAGGCAGUCCGAGAACGGCAACUUAUUGUUCUUAUCAGUUAACAAGUUUCACUUUUUCGUGGUCGCAAUUUCUCUCUUAUCACAUCACGUUACCCGCGCCUUCGUGCCGUCUGCUCAGGAUGAUAUGUUCGAGAUGUGGGAAAUGUGUACAAACAAGAACGAUCCGACUCGAUCUGCCGAGCUUGAACAUUCAGGGCGAUGUCCGUCGCGUAGACUGCAUUGAUGGCGAUCAUUUCAUAGCCGUAACACUAAACGAUGAGAUAAUCGAUGUUAAUGGUACUUGUUGCAAUCGACUCGACGAUGGAUGGCGGGAGGUCCAAACGGAUCGUGAUAAGGUGCUUUUCUACACGCUGAGUCAGAUAGUUUAUCCACACUUCGACACGCCACGACCAGAAAAGCUCGAGUCGUUGUAUGCUCUGGCAGACGAGCCCGAUGUCGUGUUCCUAAGGUGGAAAGAAGGCAAAGCGAUCGGGUUUUACACAGUUAAACCUACAGGCACAGAAGUAUUCUCGACGAAAGAGAGGUACAUGAUGCCUGUAGUAGACACGGCGUACGUUCGUUCGGAAUAUAGGAAUCAGGGUUUCGGUACGGAAAUCUUGUCGGACGUGAUCGCGCGCUUUCCAAACGAAGACAUUGGCUUCUCGAAACCAAUCUCCAGCGGAAUGUUGAGACUACUAAAGACAUUUCUGACGAAUCACAAAGAACACCGGCUGCGUUUCUGGGAGAUCGCGGACUGCGAUAUCAAUGGGUCUCAGCAAUUGAUAUGGUGCAGCUUGAAAAGACUAGCCUUAUGAUAAAAAGCGAUUAGAAUUUAUUAUAAAAGCCAUCA